AUGAAUAUUACUGAGGACAAGUGGUCUAUUCAACAGCAAUCUCAAGUUCCACCCUCACCUCACCAUCCACAUCCCGUAAUGUCUCCACAAAUGAACAGUAUGCCUACGGAAAACUUUAUGCAACCUUUUCCAUAUGACAGUCAAGCUACACAUCAACAAAUUUUUGUACCAAUGCCUACACAAAAUCCUUCAGCGACUCGACAAGCCAAUUCCCCAACAAAUAAUGCAAACAAUAAUUCAUCAAAUCCUGCUUCAGAUCGUAAAGUCUUGGAUAAUCGACCUGCUUUCACAACCACGUUUCAUGCUACACCUUUCCAAACUGGUGCUGCUAGGAAACGUAGGACUGAUGUGUUAGGUUUCGCACAAGAUGCUGGCCCAUUCUUCUCACCAACUCAACAACAUUAUAACAUUUAUAGCAUGGAUAGGUCUUUAAGUUAUAAACUUCGUAUAAAUUCAAAAGUAGACCGUGGUUUCUUCUUGGCUGAUAACGAUUGGACGUGUUACCGACGGAAUUACUUUCAAAUAAGCAGUGCAUUCUCCAUCACUGGUGCUUCACACACAAUUAAUGAGGCUGACAUACCAUGCUUAAUUGAAGUUGAUGGUCAAUUCCAUGCUAUUAAUCAAUUCUUAUUGGGAAUCACUGCCCGUGUUUCUAAUAGCGACAAGAAAAUUGAGCUUGUACAGCACACUCCAAAACGUGACAAAGGUCCUCAAAUGGUUCCCGUUCCAAAACCAAUUCGUGCCGGUGGAAACUUGAGCCUUAGUUCUGUUGGUUCUAACUCAAAUAUUGUAACGUUUGAGCGUAUUCAAUUCAAGACUGCUACUGCUAAUAAUGGAAAACGUCGCGCCGCACAACAAUAUUACGUAGUAAUGGUUGAUCUUUACGCUCAAACUGAAAAUGGUGAAUUCCGAGUUGCUACUUCAACUUCUGCACCUUUGGUCGUACGUGGUCGUAGUCCUGGUCAUUAUGCUGAUAAUCACGAUCGUUAUAAUCCAAUGGGAAUAAACCCAACUUUCCCUAAUGAUCGUCACAUGGGUUUCCCUCAUCCUCAAGGUCCAAAUGGUCCUAUGAUGCCACCGGAUUUUAAUAGUGCUCCUUUUCCAGGUCCUUAUAAUCAAUACCAGCCCUUUUCAGGCUACCCCCCAGUGAACGGGGGGCCAAUAAGGAAUGAUACUUUACUGAUGAUGGGUUCAAAUGGUCAAACGCCUCAAUUUCAUCCUCAACAUCCUCAUCAACAAUAUAUGGUACAAGGUGUUACAGAUGGUGAUAACCCUAAUCCGGAAAUGUAUAGUAAUGCAGCAAAUAUGGAUCCAACUAUUGUUAAUAGUUCUCAUGAUCAAAAAUUGCAUGAAAUGCAUAUAGACGGAGUUACUGCAACUUCUGGACCACACUCCGCGUUUUCUAAUUUCGAAUCUCGUCAAAUUCCAACGACAGUAGCCGGUUCAAAUUCUACACAAGGUAGCAAACCAUUUAUGAAGAUCGAGAUCCCUCCUUCUUCUGAAAUUCCAGAUCAUCCACUAACCUCGCCCGCUUAUCAUUCACAAGAGUAUGUUGAGGGAUUCCAUAUGUACAACGGUAGUCAUCCUGCAAAUAACGCAUCUACUCACCACGGCGGUUAUCAUUCUGACAGUGAACAACAUAAUAUGAACGGACGUCCAACACGACCAGAUGGCUCCAUGGAUCAUAAUCAUUCACCACAAAUGAAGAGCGACAAAUCGGAACACAAUUCAAAACCAUUAUCAGCUAAUAAAAAUAUCACGACUCCAACAACCGAAUUAGGAAAAAAUCUUAGCCAAUUAAACAUGAAUUAUCGAAUGAGUAAAAUGGAAGAAGAUAAGCUGUAA